UAUUAUUAUUAUUAUUAUUAACAAACAUACAAUAUCGUCAGAUAUGUCUUAAUUGGAAACGAACAUCGAUUUGGACGUAGACCUGAUUUGGAACAAUUUUUUAACUUUUAAACUUUUUUAUUUUGGAGAAGCUUAGCCACGCCGGCGGCCAGGCUCUCAGAACCGCGAGUCAUGCAGCUAUAAUUAUAGAAGAUGAUGUUGUAUGAAAUGCAUUGUGUGCUUUUGUUUUAAAAUAUGAAACAUGUAGAACAGGUCUGCAACUAACCUGGUGUGAUAUUUUUAAAUGAUUUGUUUUAAGUAUCUGUGUUCUCAGUUCUGCUUUGAGAGUGUCGCAGAUGGACCAAGAUAGCGCAGGAAGUGGGUAAAGAUAAAUAGAUUGUGUUCACUAUGCUACUCUACUGAUAAGUCAGACGAGGCAUGUUUGCUUAUAGUUGGAACAGAAGAAUGAGUGCUCUAGUUUGUCGUGAAACAUUGUCAUUGAAGGGGUCAGGUGUUUACCCUUUUUGUGUUCAACAUUGCUGGGAAAGCGCUUCCACAUUUUCGGUUUGCCUCAUGCAGGCAUUAAUGUAUUUUAGAAGAUGAAUCACACAUAUUUAGUGGCAGAAAGAAUGAAAUUAAACAUUAUUCUUACUCUUCAAUAAUGUGCAACUCCAUUGAAGCAAUUUUGACCCUGCUGUAGGCCUACUUUAGCCCGAGCCAAUCACAUAAUUCUCCCUCUCUUCUAUCAUAGUGUCAGUAAGGAUUGUCCAGGAACAACAUAGUCACGUACACACAGGUUAAUGUAGCAAUUUGUUGCGGGCACUAGUCAGACACUGUUGAUGGCACAACAGUGUCUAGGUUAUUUUCCUCUUGCCUCGUCUCGUCAGAACAGCUGCUCCAGAGCAGGUAUGAGACCAGGUCAUCGGGACAGGCUUUGACAUGCUGUGGACACUGAUAGGAAAGCAUGACUGUCCCUUGAUAAGGAAAGGCACAGUGGCUAUAGCUAGACAGCUACACAUUUCUAUAACCUAGAAGGAAGACGUCGACCGAAUGGUAUGUGAAGCAGUUGGCCUCGGCUGUACUUCUACGUGUGACUGCGUGUACUGUACAGAGCAUGACAUACCAUUCAUUUCACUGUGGAGCAGGUUUGGUAGGCCUUUAGAUGCUAAAUCAUCCGUCUACGUGAUGGCAAAGCAGGUGUUGAUGGCCGUGUGUGUCGAUUUGAUUGACUGCUGAAAUACCAAGAUCAUGAAGGAGGGCUGAACCGAUGUGCAACACCACCGCCACCACCUCCGCCCUCGGGCCCCCCAGCCAGCAGCUCUUCUGCCCCCUGAUGGUGGCCAUGUGCAAUCACUCCCUCAACAACAACACGGGCGCCAACCGGGUCGUGGUGUCGGUCCUGGGCCUCGUCUCCUGCCUGGGCAUCCUGGAGAACGCCCUGGUCCUGUGGGUGGUGGGCUUCCGCCUGCGCCAGCGCACGGUGGCCUCCGUCUGGGUGCUGAACCUGGCCCUGUCCGACUUCCUGGCCACCCUGACGCUGCCCCUCUUCACCCACUACCUCCACUCCAACCACAGCUGGGAGCUGGGCGGCGCGCUGUGCUCCGCCCAGACCUCCAUCUUCUUCCUCAACAUGUUCGUGUCGGCCUUCCUGCUGGCCGCCAUCUCCCUGGACCGCUGCCUCCUGGUGGUCAGGCCCGUGUGGUGCCAGAACCACCGCUCGGUGGCGACCGCCUGGAAGGUGUGCGCCCUGGGCUGGGCGUGGGCGGCGGUCAACACCUUGCCCUACUUCCUGUUCCGCUCGGUGGUGACGAAGCUCGACGGCAGGAAGCUGUGCUACCACCAUUUCGCCUUGUACACGUCCUCCGCGGACACGCUGGGGUGGGACUGCAAGGUGCGGCAGGCCUCCACCGGCAUCUCCAAGAUGCUGUUUGCGUUCCUGGCGCCCCUGGUGGUGAUCGCGGGGAGCUACAUCCUGUUUUGGGUCAGCCUGAGCAAGAGGCAGACGAGGAGGAAGCAAAGUGGCUCCAUGCCAGCCGGAGGGUUGAUGGAGACGGGGGCGAUGACCGUCAAGGCUCCGGACGCCGGCAAACCUUUCUUCUCGCGGCAAACAUCCACUUCGUUCUUUACUCGGACGCCUGCGCCUCCCGUGUCGCCCUCCGCGCGCCCGAAGCACCCCAAGAACAACCUGCUGUCCCAGAGCUUCACCAAGAUGGUGACGUCGGUGAUCGCGGCGUUCAUACUGUGCUGGGCACCGUACCACAUCUUCUGCCUCAUCGAGGUGUCGGCCCACUAUUGGCCCCAGAGGGUGAAGCUGGUGGAGGUGGGGCUGCCCUUUGCCACCUUGUUUGCGUUUCUGAACCCCGUGUUGAACCCCAUCCUGUACGCCUUCAGCUGCCCCAACUUCUGCGUGCGGAUCCGCCACAGCCUAGGGGCGCUGUUCGAAGGCCUGGUGGAGGAGGACGGGAGCAGAGGGCUCGGCAAGACGAUGCGACAGAGGAGGAGGAGCAGCGUCCGGGACCUAAACCUCACGUGAACCUCCGGGAUCACCAAACCAUUCAGGGGAAUCACGCCUGGCCCCGCAUUCGCUUGACCCCUUCACCUCCCCGCCCUGCUCCGCCAGCUUACGACAAGUACUAAAGAUGCGUGCUAGGACCAAGUUCUGAAUGAUAACAGUUAAAUGGACUGCAUUUAUAUAGCGCUUUUUUUAACCAGUGGGAACUCAAUGCGCUUUACAAUGCUGCCUUACAUUCACCUAUUCAUGAGCACAUUCACACGCCGACAGCGGAGUCAGAAAGAAAGGGCGACAGCCAGGUCGUCGGGAGCAGUGAGGGUGAGGUGUCUUGCUCAGGGACACCUUGACACUCAGCUAGGAGGAGCCGGGGAUCGAACUAGCAACCCUCCGGUUACCAGCCAACCCGCUCUAUCUUCUUAGCCUCAUGCCGCCCAGUUGAACAUUAAAGGUGCAAUGUUUAGGAUCUUACAUUGAGGUUGCAUGUUGCAACAAACUGAUCCUUUCACCUUGUCAUUACCCAUGACUUAGCCAAAGCUACAGUGGCUUGUACUGGCAUGUAGUUGGUCCUAGCUUAAAACUAAGAUAGUCAUUAUGGUUACGCAUUACAACACGACCUCUAAAGUAUUUUGUCCGGUCUGGGCUACUGUAGCAACUUGGUGGUGAAACACCAACGAGGAUAAAUCUAAAUAGCGAGCUCCCGCUCCCUAUUUAGAUAGGACUAUAUCCAAAUAGGAUUAUUAUUGGAUUCUUAUUUUCAUGGAUUAUGCACUAAUUAAAACAUGCUUAUGAAUAUUCUAUUCCAUUUCUGCCAAGUCCGUUCCGAUAGACGUUACUAAAUUCUAUGUAUUGUACCUUUAAUAAUAUUUAGCUUCAAGCUAAGUCAAGCUUACACUUACUGAAACGCCCAAAACCAGCAUUUCCACUUGCUGUAUAUCGUCUAUACAGCAAUGAAUUUCUGUCUUAAAUUAGGCUUCAUCCUGUCA